AGUAGGAGAGAAGGUGUAAGUUGAAGAUGAAGUUAGUGAGUUAUUACUCUUAUUCUUCUUUCUUUCUCGUGAACAAACAUGUAACAUCAUUUUCAAUGACCUAGUGAAACAUCUACCAUUCAUUACAUUUGUCACAUGUCAAACUAUAUCCUUAAAGAAAAAAAAAUACAACAAACCAUAGUCAUAGCAAACUAGCAAGAAAAUUAAACAUCAACAAGAAGAAUGAAAAAUUCUCACAACUUUCAUCACUCUACACUUCUCUUAACAUUCCUACUAUCAUUCUCCUAUCUCCUUUCAUGUUUAGGAAACAAUGACAUAGCCAUUCAACUAAAUGAUGAUGUACUUGGUUUAAUACUCUUCAAAUCAGAUCUCCAUGACCCUUUUUCACAUCUCUCAUCAUGGAAUGAAGAUGAUGCAAAUCCAUGUUCAUGGCAAUACAUAAAAUGCAAUCCACAAAACACAAGAGUUAUUGAAGUUUCAUUAGAUGGUUUAAGUUUAUCAGGUAAACUAGGAAGAGGUUUUGAAAAGUUGCAACAUUUAGUUUCAUUAUCACUUUCUCAUAACAAUCUAAGUGGUAACAUUAGUCCUUUUCUCACACUUUCAAAUACUCUUCAAAAACUAAACCUAAGUCACAAUUCAUUUCAUGGUGAAAUUCCUAUUUCAUUCAUCAAUAUGAGUUCAAUAAGAUUACUUGAUCUUUCUCAUAACUCAUUCAAUGGUCAAAUUCAUGAAACUUUCUUUGAGAAUUGCUUUAUGCUUCAUCAACUUUCUUUGGCUAGAAAUUUAUUUGAAGGUGAAAUUCCUAUGAGUCUCUCUAAAUGUUCUUUGUUGAAUAGUCUUAACCUUUCCAAUAAUCUUUUUAGUGGAAAUGUUGAUUUCAACAAACUUUGGUCAUUGAAAAGGCUUAGGAACAUAGAUCUAUCCAACAAUGGUUUAUCAGGUAAUUUGAAUGAUGGAAUUUCAUACAUUCAUAACUUGAAAGAGCUUUUUUUACAAAAUAAUCAGUUUUCAGGUUCUUUACCAAAUGAUAUUGGAUUAUGUAUUCAUUUGAGUAAAUUGGAUUUAAGUACUAAUCAUUUUAGUGGUGAAUUACCUGAAUCAAUUAAGAGAUUAAGCUCUUUGAGUUAUUUGAAGGUGUCUAAUAAUGUUUUGUUUGGUGAGUUUCCUCAAUGGAUUGGUAAUUUGACUAGUUUGGAACAUUUAGAGAUUUCAAAUAAUGAGUUUUCUGGUUUGAUUCCAUAUUCAAUAGGUGAAUUGAGAUCAUUGAGUUAUUUAAGUGUUUCUAAUAAUAAGCUUGUUGGAAACAUUCCUUUGUCAAUUGUUUCAUGCACAAAGCUGUGUGCGAUGAAGUUUAGAGGUAAUGGUUUUAAUGGUACUAUACCUGAGGGCUUGUUUGGAUUAGGAGUAGAGGAAAUGGAUUUUUCCUAUAAUGAGUUUACAGGUAAAAUUCCGGCAGGAUUCAACAGGCUCUUAGAAACUCUGACGAAAUUGGAUUUAUCAGAUAAUCAUCUUGAAGGGAAUGUUCCUGCAGAAAUUGGCCUGCUUUCAAAGCUGAGAUACUUGAAUUUGUCUUGGAAUGAUUUUCAUUCAAGGAUGCCACCUGAGUUUGGUUUACUUCAGAAUCUAAGAGUGUUGGAUCUUCGGAAUAGCGCGUUGUUUGGUUCGAUUCCAGAAGGUACUUGUGAUUCAGGAAAUUUGGAUGUUCUUCAACUUGAUGGAAAUUCAUUGAAAGGGCCUAUUCCUGAAGAGAUUGGGAAUUGUUCAUCUCUUUACUUGUUGAGUUUGUCACACAACAAUUUAACCGGUUCAAUUCCAAAAUCCAUGUCAAAGCUAAACAAGCUCAAAAUCCUCAAGUUGGAAUUCAAUGAACUAAGUGGAGAACUACCAAUGGAGCUUGGAAUGCUUCAAAAUCUUCUAGCUGUAAACAUAUCACACAACAAUCUCACAGGAAGACUUCCAACUAGUACAAUUUUUCAAAACUUAGACAAAAGUUCAUUGGAAGGAAACAUUGGUCUUUGCUCACCCUUGUUGAAAGGUCCAUGUAUGAUGAAUGUUCCAAAACCUCUAGUUCUUGAUCCACAUGCAAAUAACAACCAAAUGGAUCCUCAAAGAAAUGAAUCAACUAUGUCUAGUUCAUUUCAUCACCACAGGUUCCUUAGCAUUUCAGCUAUUAUAGCAAUUUCUGCUUCUUUUGUCAUUGUUUUAGGAGUUAUUGCUAUAACUCUACUCAAUGUUUCUGUGAGAAGAAAACUUUCAUUUGUUGAUAAUGCUUUGGAAAGCAUGUGUUCAAGCUCUUCUAGAUCAGGAGCACCAACCACAGGUAAACUCAUUCUGUUUGAUUCUCAAUCAUCGCCCGAAUGGAUAGCCAAUCCAGAUUCCUUGCUCAACAAGGCAACUCAAAUUGGUGAAGGAGUUUUUGGAACAGUUUACAAAGUUCCAUUAGGUUCAUCAUCACAGGGAAGAAUGGUAGCAAUCAAGAAACUUGUAACAUCAAACAUACUUCAAUAUCAAGAAGACUUUGAUAGAGAAGUUAGGAUCCUUGGAAAAGCAAGACACCCAAAUUUAAUAGCUUUGAAAGGAUACUAUUGGACUCCACAACUUCAACUUUUAGUAUCUGAAUUUGCACCAAAUGGUAACUUGCAAUCCAAGUUACAUGAAAGACUACCUUCAAAUCCACCACUUUCUUGGCCUAUUAGAUUCAAAAUUUUGCUUGGAACAGCUAAAGGACUAGCCCAUUUGCACCAUUCAUUUAGACCAUCAAUAAUUCACUACAACAUAAAACCAAGUAACAUCUUACUUGAUGAAAACUUCAACCCCAAGUUAUCUGAUUUCGGAUUAGCUAGGCUUCUUACAAAAGUUGAAAAGCAUGUUAUGAGCAAUAGGUUUCAAAGUGCUUUGGGGUAUGUGGCACCUGAAUUGGCUUGUCAAAGCUUAAGGGUCAAUGAGAAAUGUGAUGUGUAUGGUUUUGGUGUGAUGAUACUUGAGUUAGUGACAGGUAGGAGGCCAGUGGAGUAUGGUGAAGAUAAUGUGUUGAUAUUGAAUGAUCAUGUGAGGGUUUUGCUUGAACAUGGUAAUGUUUUGGAUUGUGUGGAUCCUAAUUUGAUGAAUGAGUAUCCUGAGGAUGAAGUUUUGCCAGUUUUGAAGCUGGCUAUGGUUUGCACUUCUCAGAUACCAUCUAGCAGGCCUAGUAUGGCAGAAGUUGUGCAAAUAUUGCAGGUCAUCAAAACUCCAGUUCCUCAGAGGAUGGAAGUAUAUUGAUGGGAUUAAGACUACGCCCCAACAAUUCAGAUUGACGACAUGUCUGGUGUUCAAUAUGUGUUAGUAUCGAACACCAAGAUGACACAGAUUCAAGACGUGUUUGGUGUCCAACAUGUAUCGGUGUAAGACACUACUAAUUUUUUAAAUUAUUAACAUUGUUUGUGUUAGUGUCUUGUUUGGUGUAUGUGUUUGUAUAAGCAAUUAAUAUGUUUCUAUGUUUUGCUAGCUUCAAGUAGAUAAAGUAUUCUUUACUAUCAAGAUUAUUAUCUUUUUUUUCUAUUUUUUUCUUUUAUGUUAUGUAAUCUUUUUAACUAUUGCAUAAUUUGGUUUAUGUGGACUCCAGUUCAUUGAGUAUAACUGUAUAAGAAGGUCUUUUUCACCAUUUUAUAAAUAUGUAAUUGUCAA